CAAAAAACCCCACCAUAUUUCAAUCAAUCCACCAAAGACGUUAUUAAUACAUUUGAUUUUCAGCCCUCAACAUCGCAUCAUAUACUGUAUCAACAACAUCAUCUGACCGUAGUCGCUUCAACGUUCCUACCUGGCUAUGGAUAUCACAAAUUUUGUGGUUUCGGCCAGAAACCAGGCGCUACUAUAUGGCGAUUACACCACUUACCACAAGCAGUUGGCUAAGAAGCUGCAUAAAUGUCGAAAAAGGUUGAAUAUUGCUACUAAGAACCGUGGCAAGUUCACCAAUAAAGGCCCCAUCACGGCCGAGAACCUGUCCGAGAACCGAGAGUUUCUUUACUUACAAUUAUUGACGGCCGAGCGUGCUUGGGCACAUGCCAUGAGGUUCAAGGCAGUCCACUCCACCGACUCCAAGGGCAUUACAGGAAGAACUCGUUCCCAUAUUAUAUCGAGACUUGCUAAAGGCGCCCGCGCCGCCGAACAUCUCGUCCAAAUAUUAUCCGACACCUCUACGACUGGCGCUACCGACACCGACAUUCUCGAAGCACGCGCGUAUGCUUCUAUAAUACGAGGUGCCGCUCAGUUCGAAAACCAGAAUUGGGAGCCAUGCCUGCGGAGCUAUGCCACCGCACGUAUCAUAUAUACGGCGCUCUCUACAUCGAUGAAAGUGGAUACUUUUAAGGACUUGUUGUCCGACACCAUCGACCCUUCUAUUCGAUAUGCGGCCUAUCAGACCAAAAUUCCAAGGACCCUGGCGAUACCCACCAUCGCUAGAAAGGCCUUCCCUUCUUCUGACUCUGCUCUAGUCGAACAAAUAGGCAAACUAGCUCCAGAUUUGUUGAAGGAGAGCGAUUCCGAUGCUCAAAAGGGCCAAGUUGGUGCCCCGAGCGCGCCCCAGACUAUCACGUGGAGGUCCCGAGAAGUCAAGAUAGAGGAUGCAGCUAUUGCUCUCGCGCUCGCUUCGAUAGAUGCAGCAACCGCGCAACUAACGGAGAAAUUAGCAUCUUCUGACGUUAUAUUGCCGAAAGAGAUGGCGGCCGCAUACGAUGAAGUGCUUAUAGCUAGUCAGGAUGCAGUGGAUGCCACCAAACACGCUAUCGACGAACUCAAGGAGGAGGGCGUAUCUCAGGACGACGCUCGAAUACAAAGCCUACAGAUAACUCGCACUGCGGUCAAUUACCAGGUUAUCAGCUGGAGAAUCGGUCGCAACCGGGUUUUGAGCGGCGAACACGACGGUGCUUUGUUAGACUCAGCGCCUACAACUACUCGGAAAUCCAAGAAAGACGCCAGCUCUCGAAAGCCUAAGAUAGAGCCACCUAGUAGGAAGAUAUCUCGGCUCAAAGACAAAGUUGUGCUUUAUGAUUCCACACUUCAGAGCAUUGAAUCGAUUAAAGAGCUACCUGGUGUUGCGGCCGACAGAGAUCUGUUAGAGCAAUUAGAUGCAACUGCUAAAUAUUUCCAUGCUCUCAAGUCUCUCUCCAUUGCGCGGUCGCACUCCCUGACCAACCAAUCACAUAAUGCUCUCGUUCUCACCAAACACGCAUUUGACGAGUGCGAGCAAGCUGCUGCUUUUUUCUCUAAACGGGAGACCUCUUCCCCAGAGUCCUCACCCCGUAACAUAGAGAUCCGAUCAACUGAUACCCAAUUCCUUCAUAACCUCUUAAAAGGUGAGCUACAGAGAUGCCGGGCGAUUGUCGAAAUAGAUAAUCAACGGCAAAAGACAACGAAUGCGACCCCACCAAGCGCAAGGGCUCCUCUCGUGCAACGCUUGUUCGAGUACCCGUCAGACGGUGUUGACUUGGAAUACCUGGUCGAGUUCCCACCUAAGGUCAAUCCUAUCCCGGUCAAGCCUUUGUUCUUUGAUGUUGCUUGGAAUUACAUAGAUUACCCUGGGAAAGCUCUAGCUACGGCCCCCGAACCGGAGCAAAAGGCGACCGAGCCGGCACAACCGCAGAAGAGGGGAUGGUUCGGGUUUGGAAGAUAGUUAAGGCCAGCCUGUUAUCCCCCUAUGCCUACAUGAAGUAGGCCAUAAGUCAGCAAUUCACAUUCUUAAGACAUUGGAUUAAUCGCAUAUACCCUUGCUACAUGUUGGUUCCAGUGACUGUGUCCUCAGGGGUUAACAAAGGGGU